AUGCCACUUCAACUCAAACCUCGCUCCCCUCUACCAACCUUCACAUUCUCCCUCGCCUCUCCUUCACCACCUACAGACUUAGCCGCGCCAGUAGGACAGAAUGAACCUAUCCCACCUCGUCCACCGGCGGACUUCAUCCCUGAAAAGGACAUGUAUAUGUUCGGGACGUUUCCCUUGUUUGGUGAUGGGGAAGUUGGAAGGGGGGUGAUCAGAUGUGGGAAAUGUGGGAAGAAAGGUAUAGAAUGGGCUGCAGGGGAACACAGGAGAAUAUGUAAUCAUAUUCUCGAAGGGACACCUCUAACUACCAAGAAAGUAAACACCAAAUCGAGCGGGAAUAAGACUACCGAGUUGAGUAAGAAGAGAAGAGCGAGUGAAGUAUCAAAUCCCAAUUUAUCACCUAAGAAACGUACCAAGCUAUCUACAAUCCCCACGCCGAACGACCUCACUGAAAAGGAUAACGAAGAUGAUGAUUCGAUAGGUGACGAUGAUAUAUCAAUUGAUAUGUCGAAUUACAAAGGGUUGAAGAAGAGUGAGAUCAAGAAGAUCAAAAAGGAGAAACUGAGACUGGAGAGGAAGGAGGCGAAGGAUAAGGAAAAAUCUGAAGUGGCUGAGCGGAAACGGAUGAGAGCUACCAACCCUAUCAAUCUCGAUCGUCAAUGUGGCGUGAUCAACGACAAAUCCGCACCCUGCGCACGUUCACUAACAUGUAAGACCCACACGGUAGGAGCGAAACGUGCCGUUCAAGGUAGAUCCAGACCAUAUGACGAAUUAUACUUGGAAUGGCAAAGAGAACAUAAUCCUAAUUUCAAAGAACCUCAAAAGAGAGAAGUGAAAGAUCCUAAAGAUAAGCAGGCUUCGGCCAAUUUGAAAAAGAAGAAAAAAUCUUCAUCUUCUCAUCAUCUUGGGAUCAAGAGGAGUUUGGGGAUGGGUGCGGAUGAAGGGAUUGAUAUGGAUGAUGAAGAUGGUUUGAAAGAAUUACAAGAAUUGAUUGAAAUCACUAGAUUGGGUGGGAAUAGAGUUAAGAUAUCUUUUGGUAAUUUGGGUUUGGACAAGCCUAAAUUGAUAGAAGAAGAGAAUAUAACGACAACGACGACGACGACGACGACGACAGGAUUGAAAUUACCUAAUGGAAAUGGAAAUGGAAAUGGAAAUGGAAGAGGAUCAAUAAGUAAAGCUACAGCGACCCCCCUUCCGGUAACUCGACCAAUCAUACCUUUUCAACCUAAUUGGAAUAAUUCAACUUUUACUGAAUUUACGACUGUCGGUCAAUUGUUGAAUAAAGCUUUGGCUGCUAGGUCCAAUAAAUUCGCUAAUCCCCCUGGUCACGGACAUGGACAUGGACAUGGACAUAAGGUUACUUUACCCCUUACAGCUGCAGGUGGGGUAAAAGUAUAA